UGUAAACGUGGGCACGUCCUCCUGGCCGGGCGGGCUGCUCCUCUGCUUGCUUCUAGGUUAUUUCGUCCACGACUCCCUCGACAUCAUCGUCUGCCACCAGUCCAGGGCCUCCUGGGAAUACCUGGUCCACCAUGCCGUGGCCGUGUCGGGUUUACUUUCCGGGGUCUUCCUGAACCGCUUUGUGGCGGCAGGGCUGCUCUCCAUGUUCGUGGAGGUGAGCAACAUUUUCCUGACCAUGCGGAUGAUGGUCCGCCUGGGGAACCUGCCUUUCCAGACCUUUUACACGGUCAACAAGUACCUCAACCUGGUGGCGUACUUCCUCUUCCGCCUGGCCCCCCAGGCGUAUCUGACUUGGUUCUUCGUGCGCCACGUGGAGGUGCGCGGCCAGGGGGCCUUCCUCACGGUCAACCUGAUGCUGCUGAACGCCAUGAUCCUGAUUUACUUCUCGCGCCUGCUGCGCUCCGACUUCUGCCCGGGCACCCAGGCACCAGGCUCCGACAGCGAGAAGAAGUUCCUGAUCGACUGAAGAGCCAAGUCCCCGGCAGUGGAAAGGGGAGAAGGGGGACCCAAAGAACACGGCCACACAGCCCGGAAGACCCACACCAGCGACCCAAAGAACCUUUGUCCGGCUGCGUCGCCGCCCAUGUGCCUUAACUGCUGAGGACUCGCGCCUCCACCCGGAGCCCCUUCGCCCUCGAAGGAGGCCAGACAGACCAGGGAGUUGGUCCACAGCUCAGCCUGGGGCUCUGCCCGGGCCUUCCAUCCAGGACAGUGUUUCUCCGCCUUGGCCACUUUAAGA